AUCAUCACAUUUAGGGACUUUGUGGAAUCUAUGAUUUAGUACAUUAUUUUUGAGGUUUUAUAAGUGAUUACCCCAAAAAAACAUCCUAAAACCAGUGUCUUGUAAAAUAAUAUUUUACAUACAUAAAUAUGUGUAUGAAAUAUUGUGAUAAGACUCUUCCUACAUCCGUCUAUGCUGGGAAUGUUCGCAUGAACCUGUGCGCUCGUGUUGGUCGAUUAGCGAGUGGACACUGUGUGAUCAGGCAUGCAGAUUUCAUUGAUCAUUACCAGCCUCCAGGCUAACACUCUGGACGCAUCAUGGAGACGGGAAAGCAACUGUCAGGUACACUGGCUAUAGCUGUGUUCACGGCCGCUCUGGGGUCCCUACAGUACGGAUAUAGUCUAGGAGUCAUCAAUGCACCCCAGAAGGUCAUUGAGAAGCAUUAUGCUUUGUCUCUGGGCGUGUGGUCCGAGAGGUCAGCGCUUUUGGAAAACGGCACAGAUGGAGACGGUUCCUCGGAGGAAAUAAAGCAUCCCUCCGUGAUCAUGUACUGGUCACUGUCGGUGGCCAUCUUCUCCAUUGGCGGCAUGGUGUCCUCCUUCCUGGUGGGAUUUAUCGGUGACCUAAAAGGAAGGGUAAAAGGCAUGCUUAUGAUCAACUUUCUGGCCGUAGCUGCUGGAUUAUUGAUGGGUCUAUCCAGAAUGUGGAAGCCCCACAUUAUGGUCAUCUCAGGGCGCGCUAUCAUGGGCUUCUACUGUGGGUUGACAUCUGGACUGGUGCCGAUGUACAUUGGAGAGAUUGCGCCUAAAGCCUACAGAGGGGCUCUGGGAACAUUACAUCAGUUGGCCAUUGUCAUUGGCAUCCUACUCAGCCAGGUAAUAGGGCUGGAUUUUGUCCUUGGUAACGAUGAAAUGUGGCACGUGUUGCUUGGUCUGUCGGGAGCUCCCGCAAUAUUACAGACCUUAAUGCUGCCACUGUGCCCUGAGAGUCCACGCUACCUUUACAUCCUGCUGGGCAAGGAGCAGGAGGCCCGGAAAAGUCUGCAUCGUCUAAAGGGGGCGUAUGAUCCUUCUGCUGAUCUGGAAGAAAUGAGGAGGGAGAAGGAGGAGGCAGACAGAGAGCCAAGAGUGUCAAUACGUUCUUUGAUCUUCUCCUCUGUAUACAGACAGCAGCUGAUUGUUGCCCUCAUGAUGCACCUUUCACAGCAGCUGUCCGGCAUUAACGCAAUCUUCUACUACUCUACAGCCAUCUUUGCCCAAGCUGGUGUCAGUCAGCCAGUCUAUGCUACAAUAGGAGUGGGAGUCAUCAACACAAUCUUCACUCUGGUGUCUGUUGCACUGGUGGACAGAACCGGCAGGCGUACGCUGACUCUGGUCGGUCUGGGAGGGAUGUGCUGCUGCGCCGUCGCCAUGACAGUGGGUCUCAAAUUCCAGAAUGACUUCUCCUGGAUGAGCUAUGUCAGCAUGGUAUCCAUCUUCCUUUUUGUGAGUUUCUUUGAGAUUGGUCCUGGUCCCAUUCCUUGGUUCAUAGUGGCCGAACUGUUCAGCCAAGGGCCUCGGCCGGCCGCCAUCGCCCUGGCAGGUUGCUGCAACUGGACCAGUAACUUCAUCAUAGGCAUGACCUUUCCAUACAUACAGGCUUGGCUGGACUGUUACGUGUUUGUUCUGUUUGCCGUGUUGCUUCUUGGUUUCACCAUAUUUAUCUAUCUCCGGGUUCCUGAGACCAAGGGCAAAACGUUUGAGGAGAUUGCUGCGGUCUUCCAAAAGAAACGGAGGAUUCCCAAAGACAACGCUGAACUGCAGCAGCUCAAAACAUCCAGCGACGCUUAAGGAAGUGACAGCUUUAUAGUAUCUUGCAACAGUGUCUGUCCAUAGUGUACCUCUUGACCUUUUUAACAUCUCAUAAUCUCACAACAACAAGCUUUGAGGUUUUAUUGGCAAUACGUGUGAUAGACCAUCUCAAAGUAGAGCAUAACUGUCACGUGAAAAGAAUAUUAAGAUAGUUU